AUGGAUCCUCUUAUACAUCUAGGAAUCCUCUCACUUCUCUCUCUACACUACCAGGUGGCCUAUGGAGACCAUUCUGUUGUUUUUCUCGAUAGCCCAACUCGCAAUUAUCUUCGUCCUCCAUCAGCUGAGACUGAUUCACUUACACUCUCGGAAGCUGGUGCUGCUGCAUCGGUGUUGCUUGGCUUUGCACCCCCUUCUACACUAUCAGCUGCCAGUUCAUCCAAGCUGAGUAAGGUGCUUAUGCCUAAUCCAUUUGAUAGGCCCCGUUCUGUUUUCAUGAUUGAAGUUACAGGGGUUGAAGACAAAUCUGCAUUUAGCAGGGGUCUUAGGGUUAAGAUCAUGGGUGGUGAAGACAGAGUAGACGUUCAACUGUCAGAUGAACAUGAAGUGUCUUUGGUCUCUCUGAAUGAACGAUCAAGCUAUGCUGAAUACUCAGAUAAGGAACUAAGUGAUUUUGCAUCCUGGUUGGGUGGAUCAUACGUUGAAGAUUUGACAGGACCACUGAAUGGAGAGUUGAUAGUCCCCUUGGCAAAUGAUGCUCUUCUCAGACUCCGUAUGUCUGAGAAAGUUGACAUGGAAUUUACAACUAGUCUUAUGUUUCUCAUUAAUAAUAUUCAACGGGCUAUGGAGAUGCAUAAAAGAUUGUCAGAAAGCAGGAACAGUCCAGCAGAGCUAAUCACUGGAAGAUUUGAUGGGAUUAAGACUCUGCAAGAUCAUUAUGGAACAGAAGGCAUUUCUCAAAAUGGAUUGGAAUUAUUUGUUACUUCUGUUUUAAAGAUAUACGAUUCCUUACAGGCAGCAUACAAAGGCCAACUAGUUGGGGUCGUCGUCUGUGGUGGAUCCCAUGCCCCAGCAUCUGAGAAUAUGUUAAAUGUGACGGUCGCUUCUCGACCAUCUGCUCGUUGGUUGGAGGAAACUGAAGCCUCUACUGCUUUCAUCAAAAUUGAGGAAGUGGCACUGGUUAGAAAGGCACUUGCUUGGAUAACAGGAAUCAUUCUUCUAAUUUCCACUCUUUUGGGGAUCCACUUUCUUUUGAAUAUGCCACUGACCAAGGACACACUUCUGUAUUCCAAUGUCAAGCUUGACUAG